AUGAGUGUCUUCUGUCUCAUAGAACAUGGUCUUUCUUGGAUGAUGCCGAAUAUUUCUUCACAAUUCUGUUCAUAUCUAUCUAAGUCUGUUCGUUUUACUCCAUCUGUUCAUAUCUAUCUAUCUAUCUAUCUAUCUAUCUAUCUAUCUAUCUAUCUAUCUAUCUAUCUAUCUAAGAAUGUUCAUAUCUAUCUAAGUCUGUUCAUAUCUAUCUAUCUAUCUAUCUAUCUAUCUAUCUAUCUAUCUAUCUAUCUAUCUAAAGCCUCUAUAAUCUGUUCAUAUCUAUCUAUCUAUCUAUAUCUAUCUAAAUCUGUUAUCCAUCUAUUUUCUCCAUCUAUCUAUCUAUCUAUCUAUCUAUCUAAGUCUGUACAUAUCUAUCUGAGUCUGUUCAUAUAUCUAUCUAUCUAUCUAUCUAUCUAUCUAUCUAUCUAUCUAUCUUACUUUCUCUCUGAUCUCCCCCCUCUCUCCUCUCUAUGCCCCUAUCUCUCUCUCUGUCAAUAUAAACGCACACUUUUAAAUAUCUAUAAAAUUUUUAUCUCUCUCUUUCUCACAACCUCAUUCUCUCUCAUACAAAAACACAAUUCUUGUGUAUCUCUCUCUAUAAUCUAUCAAUCUAUCUCUAUUUCUCUGUUUCCCCCCCAAUCUCUCUCUCUCUAA